AUGAAUAGCAGAACACGCACCACUCUUCACUCAAGGAAACCUCCUUUAAAUGAUGCCAAAGGGAAGAUGGAAACUGGAGGGAAGAGAACAAUGGGUGGGCACAAGAAUGGGCGUCGAUCCAAUCGAGAAAGGAAGAUGGCUUUGAUUCAAGAUGUAGAUAAGUUGAAGAGGAAGCUCAGACAUGAAGAGAAUGUUCAUAGAGCUUUAGAAAGAGCAUUCACAAGGCCUUUGGGAUCUCUGCCUCGUCUUCCUCCUUAUCUGCCACCUUAUACAUUGGAGCUGUUGGCUGAAGUAGCAGUGUUGGAGGAGGAGGUGGUUAGACUUGAAGAGCAGGUUGUGAACUUUCGGCAAGGUUUAUAUCAGGAAGCUGUGUACAUUUCCUCCAAGAGGAAUGCAGAGAAUUUGAAUGACCCCAUUGACCAAAACACCAUCAGGAGUUCCAAGCAUCAGAGAUCAAAAUCUAUGUCUCAAAGUGAGUUCAAUUCAACUAUGAUGGGUAGGUCUCAGCCUUCUCUUGCCAGAAGUGCUUCCAGCAGAAAGCUGUUGUUCUCUUCUGAAACUAUCAAUGAGCACACUGGGAAGCUAGUUCAUGGAAAGCAAUCGCACAGAAAGCAAGAUUCAUUCUCAUCUAUCCCAGAAGAGGGAAGGGGAAAAGAGAAUCGAUCAUUUUGUAACUUUGUGAAGGAAAAGCAAUCACCGGAGAAGAAAACAACAACCAAAGUUAUUACUCCAAUAAAGAAAUCUCCACUUAAACAAGAAUCAGCUGAGAAGUGCAUGGAUCAAUUGAAGUUACAGUUGGACUGGAGAUUAGCAGAUCAUGAAAGGGCUCAGAGUUCUUCAAGUUCAUCAGAUGAUAAGGUGUCAGAAGUUGAUAGCACACCUAAUAGAGUUUCAGAGGAUAUUGUCAAGUGCUUGAGUAGUAUUUUUGUUAGAAUUGGUACAUCCAAGGACAAAAUUGGGGAAGCAAAAACACCUUCACGCAUUGCAUCAGCUUUCAACCAAUUCGGCAAGGAAAAGGAUCAAUUGUGUGAUCCUUAUGGUAUCUGCUCAGAAUCCAAAACAAGAGAAGUUGGUCCAUAUAAAGGUUUAUGUGAAGUUAAAGCCUCCAGUGUUGAUCUGAACCGGGCAACAAAUGCUGUGUUUCUGAUCCACCGAUUAAAGUUUUUACUCGGGAAACUAGCUUCUCUCAACUUGAAGGGUCUUACUCAUCAGGAAAAACUUGCGUUCUGGAUAAACACUUACAAUUCCUGCAUGAUGAAUGCAUAUUUAGAGCACGGCAUCCCUGAGAGUCCAGAAAUGGUUGUAGCAUUAAUGCAGAAGGCAACGAUUGUAGUGGGGGGCCAGUUGCUCAAUGCAAUUACAAUAGAGCAUUUCAUCUUGAGACUACCUUAUCACCUCAAGUUUACGUGUCCAAAAGCUGCAAAAAAUGAUGAGGUUAAAGCACCAAGCAUAUUUGGCCUGGAAUGGUCUGAGCCCUUAGUAACAUUUGCACUUUCCUGUGGAAGCUGGUCUUCACCUGCAGUGAGAGUUUAUACAGCAUCGAAAGUUGAUGAUGAGUUAGAAGCAGCAAAGAGAGACUAUUUACAGGCUUCAGUUGGCAUCACAAAAUCAAACAAGUUAGUAAUCCCCAAGUUGUUGGACUGGUAUUUGCUGGACUUUGCGAAGGACUUGGAAUCUUUGUUGGACUGGGUUUGCCUCCAACUACCAGACCAAAUGAGAAACCAAGCAGUUGAAUGUCUUGACAGAAGGGGAAGAGACUCUCUAUCACAGAUGGUACAAAUGAUGCCCUAUGAUUUCAGUUUCAGGUUGCUUUUACACCAGUAA